AUCCCGGCAUCCUCUGCGCCUCGCACAGGACGUCGGGGCAUCCAGGCCCCUCCAGCCGCCGUAGCCGGCGUUGCUAUGGAAACCCAGCUACCGCGGCGAUGUCGCUGCCGCUGGCCCCUCCAUCGCGGGUGUUCGUGGAGCUGGUGCCCUGGGCGGAUGGAGGCCGGGAGCAGGGCCUGGUCGCCGGCGGGGAGGCGCUGCCCGCCGCCCGCCGCGCCCUCUCCGCCGCCGCGGCCCACACCGGGCCGCGCGAGGUGCACGUCUGCGGCUCCGCGGCAGUGUCCGCGCGGCCCGACCGGGCGCAGGUGGUCGUGCGGGUGAGCAGCACCAAGGAGGCGGCGGCCGAGGCGCAGAGGAGCGUGGUCCGCCGCCUGGACUACGUAGCGCAGAGCCUGCGGCAGCGGGGCGUGCAGGAAGAAAAUAUAAUUGUAACGAAGGAUUUCAGAAGAGUGGAAAAUGCUUAUCACAUGGAGGCGGAGGUGGGUACUUUCCAGGUCUGCAUUACCUUUACCGAAUUUGGAAAAAUGCAAAACAUUUGUAAUUUUCUUGUUGAAAAACUGGACAGCUCUGUCGUGGUCAGCCCACCCCAGUUCUAUCACGCUGCAGGCGCCGUGGAAAAUCUUCGGCGGCAAGCCUGCCUGGCAGCUGUACAGAAUGCCUGGCGCAAAGCUCAAGACGUCUGUAGCCUUGUGGGCCAAACCCUGGGAAAGCCGUUACUGAUCAAAGAAGAAGAAACGAAAGACUGGGAAGGCCACCCGGAAGAUUGCCAGCCCCCCAAACUCUCGGGCUCACUGACGGUACAAGAAAAAAUCAAAAGUACAACAAUACAUGCUACUUCGAAAGUAUUUACAACUUUUGAGGUGAAGGGGAAAGAAAAGAGAAAAAAGUAUCUCUGAAAUCCAGCCACAGUGUGUUGUGUCUAUGCCUUUUUGUCUACUUUUAUACUUUAUGUAAUGUUUCCUUCUGUCCUGAAGGGACACAUGUAUAUAUGUAUGUAUAACAGCAGAUAAGCUGUCGCUGCAAGGCAUGCUGGCUCUUAAGUUCAGUCCCACAGAAAUCAUAGGUUCACUUUGUUCCUAUUUUCAAAAUCUUACACUAGAAACACUCUUGAGAAAUAAAUAUGUCACAUGUGGACCUUGCAUCCUAGCAUUCCAUAUGGCUCUAUGUGUAAUAUUUUCAUUAUAGAAGGAAACAUUAGCCCUUUUGUACUAAUAAAAGGAAUUUGAUGUUCCA